GUACGUCCAGAGUCUGCUGGACAUCAUGGAGUUCCUCGACAGGGACCCUGAGGACCAGGCCACCCUGGGACAGUUCACCAACGCCCUGGUCACCAUCCGUAACCGCCACAACGACGUGGUGCCCACCAUGGCGCAGGGGGUCAUCGAGUACAAGGAGACCUACGGGGACGACCCCGUCUCCAACCAGAACAUCCAGUAUUUCCUCGACCGCUUCUACCUGAGCCGCAUCUCCAUCCGCAUGCUCAUCAACCAGCACA